AUGAAAUUCUUCAGCACUAUCGUCCUUCUUUUUGCCGGCCUGGCGUCGGUCCAGGCCCAAAACAGCACCGCUUCGGCCACGGCUUCCGGUACCGAAGUUGCAUCGCAGUCGGCCACCUCGACGAGCAGCUCUACCAGCAGCGCGGCCAGCAGCGCGGCGACGCUGAGCCUUCAAGACCUACUGAACAACCUGGGCGGCGGGCUCAACAACGUGGGCAAAAUCAACUUCAACAACCGCAACGACGUCCUCAACGCUAUAGGCCUGCUGAUGAACCAGCUAUGCGUCGGCAAUUUGUUCAACGGCAGCCUGCUUGCGGGCCUGGGGUCCAACCAGCAGCUCCAGCUCCUGUUCCAGCUCGACCAGCUGAACCAGCUCAACAGGCUCGGGCUGCUGAACAACUUUGACCUGCAGGGCAUCUUCAACAGGGGCUUCGGCGGCAUCAACCUGGGCGGCGGCGUUGUCAGGGGAGCCAACGGCUUCAACAGGGCUGGUUUCAACUUUGCCGGCUUCAAGCGUGCAGUUGAUGAUGCCAUGGCGAAGCUCGACGCAAGCCCGGAGCGCCGCAGUGUCAAUGUCAAGAGGCAGCAACGGCUGUGCAACGCCGCCGGCGUCGUCACUGGAGUCGCUGGCAGGAACGGGGGUAGGGCUCGCCAGACGUCGUCCACCACCACCACUGCGGCACAAGCCACAGCGACGGCUGAAGCGGAGGUGGAUGACGAGGAAAAGUAG